AAGCCGGGGGCGGAAGUGCGUGUUGUCGCUGCAGCGUGUUGAAGCUGCGCUGUUCCAGCCUCGCUAGCAUCGGGAUCCUCGGGCUGUCACUGACUCGCAUCAACGAUCACCAUGAAUCAAGAGAAGCUCGCCAAACUGCAGGCACAGGUCCGGAUAGGUGGAAAGGGAACAGCCCGCAGGAAGAAAAAGGUUGUUCACAAAACGGCAACAGCUGACGACAAGAAACUCCAGGGCUCUCUGAAGAAGCUGGCUGUGAACAACAUCGCAGGGAUCGAGGAGGUGAAUAUGAUUAAAGACGAUGGGACGGUGAUCCACUUCAACAACCCCAAAGUGCAGGCGUCUCUCUCCGCCAACACCUUCGCCAUCACGGGCCACGCCGAGAUCAAGCAGCUGACCGAGAUGCUGCCGGGCAUCCUGAGCCAGCUGGGAGCCGACAGCCUGAGCAGCCUGCGCAAGCUGGCCGAGCAGUUCCCACGGCAAUCAAUGGACAUGAAAGCAGUCAAGGAGGAAAAUGUAGAAGAGGAGGACGACGAUGUUCCAGAUCUCGUGGAGAACUUUGACGAAGCCUCAAAGAACGAAGCAAACUGAUGAAUCCUCCUUAUUUCCUCCGUCAGCCGUUUUUUAUUUUUACCUCUCGCGGACUCACACAGGGCAUUUCCUGUUGUGGGGGAAACGGUUGUUAAAGGUGCAAUGCAUCAUCUCCGGAGACGUGAACCACUUUGGUUCAGCCUGCCACAGCAGCAAAAUACAACCGUGACAACAUCCAGCAGAUUCAGUAGGUUUUGAUUUCAGUAGGCGUUGAUAAUGUGGACACUCUGAGACUCGAGGACCCGUGAACAUCUCCGCACCCCAAGGACUCAAACUACUUAAGAAAUACUUUAAGCUUUCUACAUGGUUCAACGUGGCUAGUAUUUAAGAGAUUGUUUAUUAAAUUACAAUUAAAGUGAAUGAGUAAUUCAUUUUACAUAUAGUGGUGAUUAUGAAUUUAAUAAAACAUUUUUGGGCUA